AUGAUGAAUAAUUGCAGAUACGUAAUCGGUUACAUCACUGCCAUCGUCCUCAUUUGUACAAGUCCGAACACCAUGCAACCUCAACCUCAACCACAGCCGCAAGGCCUAAUCGUGGAGACAGGAAACGGAGCAAGUGUUCUUCAGCUUCCCGCAACGACUCUUGAACAAAUUCGGCACAUCGCAGCUGACCCGGGAGCGUCCACUUUGCGCUUGCCUCCGCCCGCCACCGAGAUACCAGUGGGUGCUAGAGAACUGGACUACGAUCUCUGUUAUGUAUGCAAGCACUGCAAAGUAGCCUUCCCAUCUGGUGCUCCCCUUCAAGUACACCAAGCCCGAUCAUGCUACGCAGGCAGAGAGUCAGCUCGAGGCGUCAUCCGCGUCGUGCAACCCUCUCUGGAGUGUAGAACUUGUCCUGGGGAACGCUUCCGCAAUGCCAUGGACUUCCGACGACACGCUGAGACAGCGGCCCACAUACGAAACUCCAUGUCCCCUCUCCAGCCACCUGCAUCCGAGCCCCUGACCCACGAAAUGGAGGACGUAGUAAACCAGAUCACAUUGCUGGCUGCACGGGCCGCCCAGGAUUCUACCCCGAAAGACUCCAACGUCAAUUUCUGCGCGCCCGGCCCACGUUUCCCGCAAGCAGGCGAGAUGCCUCUAGCCAGCGCAGGUCACUAA